AUGGCGGAACAGCGCAUUCAUCCGGCGGCGUCUGAUGCCAGUCUGGAUGCUGGGGUGGCCGAGCCAGAGACCAUCGGCACAAUCGUCGAGGCAGCCAUUGUGGAGGCCAGGGCAGAACAAGCGCAUGAACCAACAAGGGAGGAGGGCGGCGCACAGCAGGUUGGACAACAAGGCUAUGAAGGGUACGCUCGACAGCUCUCACACCCGUCCAGUCUGCGCCGAGCCCCCACUUCUGUCCUCACGGGCACACCGGAGCAGCCGCCAAGACCUGACGACUCCCCCACACCCGUUCCCACGCCGCGGCCUGGCCUCGACAAGGCCGGGGGGAGUGUGGAGAGCAUCGCUGCCAGCGAGUUGUCCAAGGCAUGGCCGCUGACCCAGUUCUUCAGCCGAGUGGGGACGAUGUUCGCCCACACUCGGACGGCGGAGUUCCGUCGGGUGGUGUUGGUGGACCAGGAGGGGAUGCCUUUCGAGGAGAAGAUGCUGCAGAAACUCAAGUCGUGGGACGUCAAUGGUGAGCGAGUGAUUUGGAAGGCAUGUGUGUGCAUGCAGGUGCGUGUGUAUGUGUGUGUGUGUGCGUGUCUCGUUUCAGGCGAUGGCAAGUUCUCUCUCGAGGUGGGACUGACGUGUUGUUUGUGGGCUGCACUGCAUGCUGCGGUUUGUAUGGCCUGUUUGUCUUGAUGCUGUCUGUUGUGCUGACUGAUUGCACAGGAAGCGGCUUUCGCCGCGAAGGAGAUGCUUGCUGAAGUGCGGAAGAUCCAGCGGCUGCGGCUGAUGGUGUUUCUGUUCAUCAUUCUGUACGUCUUCACCGUGGGCAUCAUGCUCAUCAUACUCAUCGCUGCCGAAGAGGUCGGUGACCCAAGACUCGCAGACAGAGCCAUCCAUAGGUUGCCUCCGUCCACAUACGUGUGUGUGUGUGUGUAUGUGUGUAUGUGUAUGUGUGUGUGUGUGUAUUGUAUGGGUCAGAUAACGAAGCAGCACAAGCCUGAUGCCAGUGGGACAUUACGGACAACGGACAGGGCCCACUCCAUCAUAAGUCAGUGCGGGGCGUCGAGCAUUGAGCAUUGACCUGGCCGCCUGUUGUGUAUUGACCUGGCCGCCUGUUGUGUGUGGCAUGCAAUGCAUUUGUGUGUUGUUUCAUUCUGCUUUCUUCCGAUUGGCAGAAUCGCACAACUACAUGGAGAUGGCCAGCAUCUUCGACCUCCUCGCCAUCGACCUGAUGGCCAUAUCGAACGUGAGCAGAGGGGCGCAUCGCCCGUCUAUUCGGCCCUCCAUGUGUUGAUGUGUGUGAGUGCAAUGCAUCUGUGUAGGUCGAGUACAUAUACUUGCCUCUCGAUGAUCAGUCCGAAGGCCUCUACAAGAUAUGCAGAGUGAGCGACUGACUGACUGGGUGGGCCACAGGCAGAGGCCUUCAUUCGGUGUUUGCGUCUGUCUGUAUCCUCAAUCCUUGUGUGCAGGUGACACGGUCAGAUUUGCAGGCCAUCGCGUGGGUUGAGUUCGUGGAUGGGGAGAUACUCACCAUACAACCAAGUAUGAUACGAGCAGCCCAUGAGCACGAGAGAGACACCAUAUGUCUCCUUUUCUUGCGCCAGCUUCUGCGGUGCUCCAUGAUCCCGUCACGAACGAGGAGUUGGCGAGGUGGGCCGCGUCGCCCCCUCGCCGCUCCCUCCAGCAGACCAACGUGUCCUGGCCAUACUUUCCCGCAGACGGGGCGGCGGAGGCCGGGGCUGCCGCGGGGCAGCCUCCGGAGGGGGGCGAGGGCGUGGUGGACGAGAGCGCCCUCCACCCGCACUUCGGCUUCACGCCACUUGGGGACAUUUUCCGCUGAUCGGCUGACGGCCUUCGGCAUGUCGAUAGCUGUAGGGAGAUGAGACAGCGGUUGGCUGAUGCUUCAGGUGUAGAUGUAUGUGUGUGUUUGUGUGUCUGUGUGUCUGUUGCCCAAAACUGUGUGUAUUGGGGUGCCUGUGUGUUGCGAUGGGUGUUAUGGAAUCGACACCGAGUAGACAAACACGCCUGCAUGGAUCACUUAGACAUUUUGUAUGGGUGUGUGGAUCUGGGCAGCUCCGCGACGUUGACGGGCCUAUUUGGAGCACGGUUGGACCAUCGAUGAGCUCAAUCCAGCAACUGCAUCAUUGCUGGACAA